CCGCUGCCCCGGCGCCAGGGCAGGCGGGCUCCAGCUGCAGCAGGGCACUCUUUGGGCAGCCCCUGGCAGCCCUCUGUGGGGAGGCCGGCACACUGCCCCGGCCCAUCCAGGAGCUCCUGGACAUCCUGCACCAGCGAGGACCGUCGACGGAGGGGAUCUUCCGCAUGGCUGCCGGCGCAACGGAACUUGGGAACCUGAAGGAGGCCCUGGACCGCGGCACAGAUGUGGACCUGCCAAGCCAGCCUGAGAUCCUGCUGGCUGCCGUCCUGAAGGACUUUCUGCGCAGCAUCCCCGGCAAGCUCCUGGUCGUGGACCUCUACCAGGACUGGAUGCGAGCCGUGGAGAGGCCGAGCCAGCAGGCAAGGGUGGAAGAGCUGAGAGUAGUGGCCGAGAAUUUGCCUGCAGCCCAUCUCCUCCUCCUCCAGUGGCUGCUCCCACUGCUGCAGAACAUUGGCCACCAGGUGUCCACCAGCAGAAUGACCUCCAGCAACCUGGCCAUCUGCCUGGGGCCAAACCUGCUGGGCCCACCCGACGAGGCCCUGCUCCCCUUCGAGGCCAUGCUGGAGGUGACCGAGAAGGUGAAGCUGCUGGUGGAAUUUCUGAUUGAAAACGGCAGUGACAUCUUUGGGGAGGAGAUGGCUGGCCAGAUGUCACCAGAGCCCGUGGACAGAUCCACAGAGCUGCCUUUGGAAAAGGAGCAUGGCCCUGCGGGCGAAGCAGACGCGGAGCAGCAGGAAAAAGCCUCCCUGGAUCCAGCACCAGCCCCUCUGCUCGUCCUCCAGAGAGCAGCAGGGGGAGACGUGGCGGUGGGAGCAGAAAGGGCAGAGGCACCCGUUGAUUUGUCUCUGAGCACCCCUGAGACCGUGGGAGACUCCCCGGGAUGCGCAGGAGAACUGAAGAGCCUCGCAGAGCACAGAAGGUUUGCAGGCUCUGUUCAGAAAAACAAUGGCCACGGGAAAAGAAAGCGAGAAGAAACCUGGGAAGAAGAGAGGCCAUGCCACCAAGCAAAGAAGAGAAGAGAGGAGAAGAAGGGCCAGGAGGAAAAGGAGCAGGAAGGUGCAAAAGGAGCCCCAGGUGCUGAUUUCCUGUUACUGACUGAACCCCUGUGACUCCUGGGCUCCUGAUGUCCACAAUUAAAGGACAUUUUCUCCCUUCUGUCUACGUGUGCACUACGAUAUUCUGGACUAGGUAGAAGUUGUUUUGGGAUGAAUCCUAGUGGAGGAGUUUGGGAUCAUCCUCCCUUGCGGCAGAAUCCUUUCCAGCAGGCAUCGGGGCUGAGUUCGGUUUGCUUGAGGAGUCAAACGAAAGCACAGAAUCCCAUAGAACAGCUGAGGCUGGGAGGC